AUGGUUAUUCUUCCUGUACUGGUAAUGGUUGUACUUCUUAGUGUGAUUAGGGGACAGAAAGUGAAUGGAAUAAACGACAGUAAAUGGUUGGCUGUUCGAUCCAAUUCGAGUGAAUUUAUUCACACACUCCCAUUUCCAAAUUCUGUAUUCAAAUAUAAAUUUCGUGGCAACGAAACGCGUGACUUAUUUACAUUGUUCGAAGCUGAUUAUUUGGACGACGGUCCCGGUCAGCAUAUUCAUACUCGAGAAGAUGAAUUGUUUCAUAUUAUUGAUGGAAAUGUGCAAUUCUUUGUCAAUGGAGAACAAUUUUGUGGUUCAACUGGUGACUAUGUUUAUGUGCCGCGAAAUGUGGCACAAGCCAUUCGUAUACAUAACAUUAACAAUGGUACAAAACCGGUGAGAAUACAAAUUCUAUUGACUCCGUCAGGGUUGGAAGGUUUUCUGGACGAGGUGGCACCGCUAUAUUACACUGGUCAAACCAAUUUGACAUGGCAAAAUGAAAUUGCAACCAAAUAUGGAAUUAUCAAUUUAGCACCGGUAGAAUGGCAAGAUCUUGGAUGCUUUACUGCUCAGAGUAGCAGCGCUAACAGAUUGACAUCUUAUAUCUUAUCUUUUAUCUCAUUUGUUAAGAACGUUUUAAAAUAA